AUGAGUAUCACGGAAAUUGGUUCUUCGGCAUUCCAACUCCAAACUGUGCUAGAACAACGGAGAGACGUGUUAGAUGGGAAGACUCGGAUACGACGAAUGGACGAGGAAGAAGAGGAGGAAGGUGAAGAUGGGAGAUUACCUGUGUAUCCCAGAGGAAUGUUGAAAUUAGAGUUGAGUGAUGGAAGAGGGGUUAUGAAAGGUUUGGAAUAUAGAAGAUUGGGAGGAUUAGUCUUGGGUGAAACGGCUUUGGGUAGUAAAUUGUUGUUGCAUAACGCAAGGAUGUUGUUUGACAAGAAAAAAGUUCUUCUCACUCCUGAAAACUGCACCAUACUAGGUUACUCGGUCGAUCAUCUUGAAGCUGAACAACCACGUCAAUUCGUGCGAUCUCUCAUGAGAAGAAUGGGUAAACCUGUGUCUUCUGAUCAAAUCGGUCAAACACCUCAACAACAGCAUCAACCUCAAGAAUUAAACUCUUCUCCUGAACUCAUUCACACCGCUCCUCUCAUCUCAAAGCCCUCUAGGAACAAUGCUCACACUUCCACGUCAGCACAGAGAACAACUAAAAUUCCGAAGCAAACCACUCGACCAAAUCCCACGUCUGUUGUUCCACCCUCUCGUCGACAGAAUACGACACAUGAGUUGCCUUCCACUCCCGGUCCUUCGAGAUCCAACCAACGUCCCUCUCGAUCAGCUGGUACACAAGCUUCAGCCAAACUCAAGAGGUUAUACGAUGAUUAUCCAGAAGCUAUCCCAAUUGAUUCUUCAGACGAUGAAAUGUCCAAAUUUGGUAAUACCAAACUUCCCAAACGGGAUAAACGGGAGAUCAGAGUGGUAGAAGAUGAAUUUAGUGAUGAAGUGGACGAAUCGUUCAUUCGACAGAUCACAGAGGCCGAAGCGUUCGCUAGAGCAGGACGACGCGGUGUAGAAGCUAGUUCGGAUUAUGGAGAGAUGGAUGAUAUCUUAUGGAGAGCGGCAGAUGAGGUGGAGGCUUCUCUGGAGAGGAGAUGGGAUGCGGAAGAAGAGAGGUGGGAUGACGGGGUGGAGAGAGAAGGAUCGGGCAAAGAGAAUAUCCCGAUUGUAAUUGAAAUCUCAGAUUAA